UAGUGGAAUUACGAAUUUGGAUUACAAUUUGACGUUGACGUUUAAUAUGGAAAUAGACAAAAUGUAAUUAAAAGUACGUAAGCCAAAAAAUGUGUUAAAUUAAAUUUUAUAAGUAAGUUAAAAGUGGUUUUCUGCAGCUGUUACUUCACAUUAACCAUUCUAACAUAAAAUGGGUUUUACUUUACCUUUAGGUAUUUUCAAGAGUAUAUACAUAUUACAACGUAUUAGUCCAAAUUGGGUUUAAAAAUCAGGAUAGUAUUUAUAAAAUGUCUUUUAACCAGUGGAAAAUUUUAAAUAAUUUGAAAGAUGCAGUGUCAAAAAUUACCGGUGAUAAAUCAAUUCAGAACACAUUUAGCAAAGAUUUUCUUCAACUAAUUCAGAAAUUACCACCAUCUUUAUACAGCAAUAAUGUAAUCAAGUAUUUUGAAACUGGAUCUACCUUAAAUAAGCAUAAAACUAACACUGAAAGAAACGAAGAAUUGCACCUUCCAAGUGUUUUUCACGGUUUAAAAAAUAAAGUAGUCACUAACGAUGAAACCAAAACAAAUAAAGCUGUGGUACUGAAAUGGAAGCAGACCACUGUUGUCUCAGAGACUGAGAUUUUAUCUCGAAUCGACCGAGUACUUCACAUUUUAGAAUUUGCAAAAUCCGAAGAAUCAGUUUUACAGGCAAUAGAAGAAUUAAUACGUUAUUUGAAGCAAUACCCCGAAAUAAAAAACAAGGCAGUCAAGGUUGGAGCAGUCCGUUUGUUAUUAUUCAUAAGAAGGGAAAGAAAAAACGAAUUAAUUCAGGGCGCUAUAAGAGAGGCUCUGGCAAUUUUAGGUUACGCAGACCCUGUUCCUAAGAAAGGUAUAAGAAUUCUUUCUAUCGAUGGAGGCGGUAUUAGAGGACUACUUGUUCUAGAAAUGUUAAAGAAACUGGAAGAGUUGACGGGGAAGAAAGUGUAUGAAUUGUUUGAUUUUUUCUGUGGGGUCAGCACGGGUGCUAUCCUUUCCUUCUCAAUAGGUAUACAUCAUCGUAGCUUGGAUGAAAUUUCUCAUGGGUACGAGAAACUAAGUAAGGAGGUUUUUAAGCAGUCUUCGUGGCGCGGCACGGGAAACUUGGUUUGGAGCCACUCGUAUUAUGAUACCGCACUGUGGGAGAAGAAACUAAAAGAGCAUUUAGGCACCUUCUCUCUCAUUGGCACCGCCAGGAAUUCCAGUUGCCCAAAGUUGUGUGCGGUUUCUGCCGUCGUGAACCGUGAACGUGUGUCGGCAUUCGUAUUUCGAAAUUAUGCAUUGCCGUGGAAGUUCCAGUCUCAGUAUUUAGGGAACAGCGAUUGCGAAGUGUGGCAAGCGGCGAGAGCCUCGGCUGCUGCUCCCACGUACUUCGAAGAAUUCAAAUUGGGCAAUCUUUUGCAUCAGGAUGGUGGGAUUCUCGUUAACAAUCCGACGGCUAUAGCCCUGCAUGAAGUGAAGUUGAUAUGGCCAAAUACUCCGAUACAGUGCGUCAUGUCAUUUGGUACUGGUCGUACUGUACCGUCUCCCGUGGAAUUUUCUAAACAGUUGGAAAAAGAGGAUAACGCGUCUAGCAGUACGUCUUGGGCGAAUAAGUUUUAUAAGAUUUUAGACAGUGCCACGGAUACAGAAGGUGUUCAUACCAUGUUGAAUGAUCUACUCCCAGGUGAUGUUUACUACCGGUUCAAUCCCUACUUAACGGAAAUGCUAAGCAUGGUGGAAACGGAUUCCCAGAAAUUAGAGCAAUUAAGACGUGAUGCCAUAAUGUACCUGAGAAGAAACGAGGACAAGUUUCAGGAAGCAGCCAGGGUAUUGAUGAAGGAGAAAAGUCCUGUUGAAAAAGUUAUGGAUUAUGUUAAGGUUCAGAAAGAGAUGUUGGGACUUUAAAAAGAAGACUAUUUGUAGAUUUAUACUUGAAAUCGAUAAGUAGAUUUUAAAAACACAUUUUGUGGAAAAUGUAUUUAGUACCAAUUUUAAAUAAGAAUCACCUCAUGCUCCUUUUUUUGGUAUUGUUUAGGUUUCUAGUCGGAAAAAUUUUUUUGAAGCUUUCAAUUCACGCAUCCGCAAUUGAGACGUCUUUGCUUUGUUCCCGUUAACUAUAUUGGAUAGUUAGAGAUUUCUAGGACCAAUAUAAAUGUAGUGUUAGAUUUGAUACUAACGUUUUAGUUCUACCUCGAAUGCCCCUCUUUAAUUAACAUUUCAACGAGCAAUUUUACCAUUGUUUCGUUUAAUUUUUGUGAUAUUUACGUGUAGACAAAUUGUAUGUACGUAUAUUUUUAGAAAUAAAUUGUUUUUAUGCACAAUUGCCUCGAUUUUUACACACUUUAAGAAAAUACAAUGAUACAACUAGAAUACAUUCUACAAAAGCAUAAUAAAUUUUCAAAACUAAAAAAAUUUAGUUUACAAUACAUAUAAAAUGGAAAGGAAAUG